GAUAGAUUGACAGCGCAGAGUUGUUUGGAACUAUUGAGCGCUCCAUGAACUACGUCACUAUGUGGUGGCGAGAUCAAAGCAUGUCACAACUCUGUGGCCAUUUCUCAGUGGCUCUAGUGUAAGAAUAAACGACACAUUGCAAAACAACAAAGAUGUUAACAUAAAGAAUGGUGAAGGCUGAGUUCAUCAUUUGUUCUCUGUAUUUUACUAAGUAAUUGUCUGUUUACUAAGUAAUUAUUCCAUAAUGUGUUAUUGUGAAGUAAAUACAUUAUAAUGCUAGACAGAAAUAACCUUUUAAGGGUUUUUUUGUCCUUAUGCAACCUUGUUCUUGGGAAGUCUGAAGUGAAAGCAAAGCUGUGGUUUUGGUUUAAUUGUGGGAGGUGUCACCAAUGACCCUGUGUUUCAAACACGCAUAUAUAGCUCAUUUAUUUCGUUUUUAAUGAAAGAAGAUUCACCAUUUUCCAGACAACAAAAUUUGAUGAUGGAGCUAAGAUCAAGCUUCAAUUCAACAUCUAACAGCACUGCUGUGGGUUCAGAGAAGAUUGCUCCUGCUGUAGUUCUGGGUUUGUGCUGUUUGGUUGGUUUGCCAAGCAACAUUGUGGUAAUCAUCAGCAUUGCUCGUGAGUGGAACAAAAAUCUGAGCUUCACCUUAAAACUAAUGCUAAACCUUGCGGUCUCUGAUGCUUUGACCCUUUGCUUGGCUCUCAUUGUUAUGUACGAAAUACAGUAUGGAUGGAAAUCCGGCCUUUGGUCUUGUAAGUUCCUGGUUUUUUUGGGUCACUGGAGUCUGUAUAUAGCUGUUCUGACUGUCACAUCCAUGAGCGUGCACCGCUAUCACAAUGUCAUUAAGUCGAGAGUCACUAACAGGAUGAUACUUCAGAGACUGGAAAGACGGCACAGGUGCCUUCAGCUGACUGGCAUCUGGAUUCUAGCCUUUGUCUUUGCCCUACCAGUCAUUUUUACUCAAGGACUCAAAGACAAGAAUGGAUUGCUAAGAUGUCAGAGGAUAACCAAGUCACAGUCUGUAAAAGUAACUGUUUUGCUUUUUGAGAUCCUGUCGGGGUAUGUCAUCCCAUUUUCAACAAUGUUGACAUUUUAUAUCUGGUUGCACUCCAGUCUAACUAGAACUCCACAGGACCAGGAACCCAGAAACCAGGGGACAAAUGUUAGGACUUACAAGAAGAGGCUUGUGAUCAGCAUCGUUGUGGCUUUCUUUCUGUUUUGGACUCCUGUGCACAUUAUUAAUGUGAUUGAUAUAGUCACUUCUCUGACUAAAACAUCUCAUCCAGAUGUUCAUUCCCAACUGAAGUCCUUCCGCCGAGUAUAUGGUGAUACAAGUAAGACUCUGGCUUUCCUAAACUGUUGUCUGAAUCCUUUUCUUUAUGUUUUCUUUUCAAGAAAUGUCAUAAAGUGUACUAAGUAGAAGCCACAUUUUUUUAUUUCCCAGUUACAAAUUCAGAUAAUUAUGUUUAGGUUUUUAAACUGCUCAUUUCAGUUUGUGUAAAAAUUACUUCUGUUGUAAAAAGCUGAAUUAAUGCAAUUCUAAAAUCUGAUAUCCACCAAAGGAUCAUCUAUGUCAAUGAAUGAAUGCUUACUUUAAUCAUUAACACACUGAGGGUUAAUAUGUCUUGUUUACAAUUAUUUAAAUAAUUUUCUUAUAAAUGUUGUCCCACUAUAAUACUGGCAGGCAGAUGUUUUGUAGGUCUUAUGUUUUUGUAAUGGAACUAUAAGUGCAAUGGGACCUUGCUUAUCCUUGCUUCAUUAACCUGACACUAAAUGCUAAACCAGAAAUAGGAAAGGAUACACUGUGCAUGUGAUUUGACCACUUUGUUUAGUUUCAGAAGUACCAGAUGUGAUUAGCAUGAUGAUCAGUUUGCAUUGCACCAUUUGAACAAUGUAUGGAAAUGUACUUAAAUGUAUGCUUUAGAUUAACCUGUAUAAGUUAAAACAUUAUUAACAGCAAGAUGGACCGUUUUUUUUUUUUUUUUAAUGAAAGUAUAUUAAACAUAUAUUUCCAGCUAUGCAACUUACAGGA